AUGUCCAAGGACGGCAAGACCAAGACCAAGGACAAGUCCAAGCGACGCGAGUCCAAAUCCGGCUCCGAGCCUAGGAAGAGUCGCAAGUCGUCAUCCUCCUCGUCCACGCUUCCUCUGACCGUCGUUGAGGAUGGUGCGGCGUCGGCAUCGAGCACUGCCUCGGGUUCUCGCACCGUGACCUCGGCGUUCGAGACCAUGUAUCCCGUCCUCAACCUUCCCAUUCCACCCGUCUGGUCCAACGAUCCGUAUGCCGCAUUCUCCGACCUCAUGGAUACGCUCGUCAUGCGCCAUGUGCCGCAGCUCUCGGGCGUGCUCAUCACCCACUCGCCCACGCGCUUCCUCCAGGACACGGCACUCUUCUCUGCCGACUCGGCUUUCGCCACUGCAGCCGUCGGAUUCGAAUGCGUGGUGUGGAGACCCAAGAUCGGUCAGAUGCUCGAGGGCACCAUCUGUCUCUCCUCCCCAUCCCACGUAUCCCUCCUGCUCUAUGGCUUGUUCAACGCCUCGAUCCCUGCAUCGCAUCUGCCCGAGGGGGACUGGGAGUUUGUUCUCAACGAUGCAGAAGCCGGGUCCAACGAUCACGGCCUCGGAUACUGGCAGAGCAAAUCGGACGGUUCCCGCCUUGGAGGCCAAAACGGCACCCUCGCUUUCACCGUCAUUAGCCUCACAGUGGCAAACCACAUGCUCUCCCUCCACGGCUCCCUCCUCCCAGACCCCUUCAAAGGCCCCCCACCCACGCUCGACCGUUCCUACCUCAAAAAGAGCCUGCUUCCAAACCAGCUCGGCCUGGCAACGCCAUCCGCCCGUCCAACCACCCAGACCGCCGAAUCCCCCGCUCCUACGCCGCCAAGACGCGUGCGUUGGCAAGACCAGGACAACUCCGACACAGACCAGGACCAACCCGACCUCUCCGCCCUCGAAACCCCACAAAUCGUCAAGGCAGAACCGCCCUCCAUCGACUCGUCCGCCAAACCAGCCUCGGAAAAGCACAAGCGCAAGUCCUCCUCCACAAAGUCGCCCCCAGACGUGCGCGAAAAGAAGCGCAGAAAGGAAGCCUGA